AUGCAGAAGAAAGUCAUCGAAAGAAAAAAAUCUCGGGCGCAGAAGAAGCAAGCUUUCGAAAUAGCAGAACAGGACUUCCAGCGAAAAUUUGGUGAUUACCUACAACAAAAGAAGUUGAAACAGGAACUCCGAGGCCCCACUCGUCGGGCACUCGACGCUGUAGAGCGGUGGGAGAGAAAGUACCUGCGCGCGACCCAAAGGCAUAGUCGGGCACAGCGGGUGGCUCGGAAUGAGUGGCAACGACAACGUAACCGCUUGGUGCGUGAGAAUCUGGAACGAUAUAAGAAUGAGCAGCCGGUCAUUGACAGUGAGAGGCAACUCGCUGGAAAAGUGGUGGAUGAAGAGGUGAUGGGUGCUCUGGAGCGGACAGGAUAUAUGACCCCUCAGCAUAUGACAUUGAUCGACACCCUCUUGACCAUGCCAGGCCCGACUGUCGAAAAGGAGUAUCAACGUCGGAUUGCUGCAAUCAAUGCGAUUAUCACUUUCUGUGAUGUGGAAGAGGGUUCACCCACAAAGCGACCGAAAAUGACCCAGAAACGUCGCGAAAGACCACACUUUCCCUUGCAAUUGCGUCUGUUUGCAUUAAAGCUCAACAUCAGCGGCCGACGAUUUGUUUCCUUUGCCUUGGGAAUCCUUGUUUACCAGAUCAUCAGCGAGUCAAAAGCUUUCACACCCCUGGAUCCCUCGGUCGUCACUUUGUUGACAUUCACGUCAUGCCAUAUCCGAAAGAUAUGCAGGUCAAAUGCAGCAUCUGCAGGAAAGACUUAG